CAUACAAACCCCCUUUUGACACGUCAGGUUUUGGAUUGCAGUUUCUGGCAUUUCCCAGAAUAUUCAUUUUUCACAAGUUUUUUUGGCAAUAACAAUAAAUUUAAUACGCACGACUUUUAAAAUAAAAUUGCGAAAUGAGACUGAAAGCUAAUUUAUUUUUAAUAUUGUCCACUGCAAUAGUGUUGGUUCAGUUUUCUGAUGCACUGCCAGUGACUAAAAAUAAAAAGGAGGAAAAGGAAGAAGCGCCCGUAACUCCGUCUACUCCGGAUGUGGAAACAGCAUUGGAGUAUGAAAGGUAUUUAAAAGAGGUUGUGGAAGCACUUGAAAGUGACCCUGAAUUCCGUAAAAAGUUAGACAAAGCACCUGAAGCUGACAUACGUGAUGGCAAAAUUGCACAAGAAUUGGAAUAUGUGAAUCAUCAUGUUCGCUCCAAAUUAGACGAAAUCAAGCGGCGUGAAGUCGAACGUUUGCGUCAAUUAGUGAAUCAGGAAUAUGAAUUGGAAAAUGAAAUAGAUCGUGAGCAUCUUAAAAUUCCCCAACAUUUGGAUCACCAGAACGAGCAUACCUUUGAAAUUGAGGAUUUGAAAAAGUUGAUUAAAAAAACUUCCGAAGACUUAGCUGAAGCUGAUAGAAAACGUCGUGCUGAAUUUAAAGAAUAUGAAAUGCAGAAAGAGUUCGAGAAAGAAAGCAAAUUAAAAGAACUACCUGAAGAAGAACGCAAGAAAUUCGAACAACAAGAAAAGGAAAAGGAAGAAAAACAUAAAAAACACGAAAAAGUGCAUCACCCCGGCAACAAAGCGCAAUUAGAAGAUGUGUGGGAACAGCAAGAUCAAAUGGACAAGAAAGACUUUGAUCCGCAUACAUUCUUCAUGAUGCAUGACGUGGAUGGCAACGGUCACUGGGAUGAGAUUGAAGUAAAGGCACUUUUCAUCAAGGAACUAGACAAAGUGUACCAAUCUGGUUUGCCUGAAGACGAUAUGCGUGAGCGUGCCGAAGAGAUGGAGCGUAUGCGUGAGCACGUAUUUGAAGAGACUGACACCAAUCGCGACGGGUUAAUUAGUUUCCAAGAGUUUUUGGAACAAACUAAACGUGACGAAUGGAACAAAGAUCCGGAAUGGGAGACUGUUGACGAAAAGCCACAAUACACACACGAAGAGUACCUGGAAUUCGAAAGGCGCCGUCAACAAGAAAUUCAACGCUUGAUGGCACAAGGAUUGUUGAAACCUCAUCCGAAUAUGCCGCAAGGUUAUUACACCAACGACGCACAUGACACUUAUCAAGUGCCUGGUCAACAACAUGUACCUGCUGGACAACAGAUGCAUUACCAACAACCGCAACAACAACACUUGCAACAGCAACAACAAUAUGCUCAACAACAACAACAAUACGUGCAACAACAACAACCACAGUUCCAGGGACAGCCGGUGCAAUUGCAUCCCAAUCAAGCCUACCAAACGGUUAAUGGUCAACAACAGCAACACCAACAAAUGCCACAACAACAACAAUAUCAGCAAGUACCACAGCCGCAGCAAUACCAACAGGUGCCACAACAAUACCAACAGGUACCACAACAACAAUACCAGCAGGUGCCACAACAGCAGCAACAACCACCCGUACAGCCUCAACAACAACCGCAAGCACAGCAGCCACCAAAUACACAACAACAAUCACAAGUUGCCGCCCCACAAGUGCAACAACAAGCACAACAACCAAUACAAACUCAACAACAACAACCACAAGCUGCAGCACCCGUACCACAGGCACAACACCAUCAACAGCAACAACAAAACAUUCCGACAAACAACUGAGUAGACACGUCUUAACGUGUCGCUUCCGCUAUAACUUAAGUUUAGACAGCUGUAGCUAUUUACCUAGCUCAUAUUCAUACGUGAACAAAAGCGUUUUUUACGUAAUAAAUUGGAACAACGUGCUGCUUCAUUAACACUCGUUGUAUAGUCUGUUUCGACAUUGGGUCUACGCUUUGUGGUGUCUCUACAUACAUGCAUACAUACAUAAAUAUGUAUGUAUGUAUAAUUCCAUUUUUUUCAAUUUUAACUUAUAACGCUUACGUAUAAACAUACGGCAGUCGAUGUGGCAUUUUGUAUACACAGUUGUUCUUUUCAUUAUAUACGAAUUUUGCGCAAUAAACAUUUGACAAUGAAAACUGA